AUGCCCACUCUUGUGGUUGACAACUUCAACAUUGUCUGUGCUACGCUGGGAGGAUUCAUCACACUCUUCGGUCUUGUGUCGUAUCUAUGCAAAGAGAAAUUCUACCUAUCCGAAGCACUAAUCUCCCUCGUCGCCGGACUCAUCUUCUCCCCCCACGCAACCAAUCUUGUCCGACCCGAAGAGUACGUCCUGGGUUCUCCUGGAGCCCUCAACACCGUCACUCUCUACUUCACUCGCCUUGUUCUUGGCGUGCAGCUCGUCCUUGCCGGCGUCCAGCUACCAUCCAAGUACCUCAAGAAAGAAUGGAAGAGCUUGGCAUUGCUUCUCGGCCCUGGCAUGGUUGCCAUGUGGGUCUGCACCAGCCUGCUGGUGUACGCUUUUGUCCCCCAUAUAAGCUUCGUUCAGGCCUUGGCUGUUGGCGCUUGUGUUACACCGACGGAUCCUGUGCUGUCGAACAGUAUUGUCAAGGGCAAGUUUGCGGAUAAGAAUAUCCCCAAGGACUUGCAGAGGAUCAUCAUUGCGGAAUCGGGAGCGAACGACGGGUUGGGAUAUCCGUUUCUGUUUCUGCCGCUGUUUUUGAUUCAGCAUGUUGGACAUGGGGGCUUGGGUGCUGAUAACAGUGCGGCGAAUGCUAUGGGGAAGUGGUUCGGUGAGACUUGGGGAUACACCAUCAUCCUCAGUGUCAUAUAUGGUGGUGUGGUGGGUUGGUUGGCGAAGGAGCUGCUGCACUGGGCGGAGGAGCGGAAGUACGUUGAUAGGGAGAGCUUUCUCGUGUUUGCCAUUACUUUAGCACUCUUCAUAGUGGGUACAAUGGGCAUGGUCGGCUCUGACGACGUCCUCGCCUGUUUCAUCGCCGGCAACACCUUCACCUGGGACGACUGGUUCCGCCUUGAAACCAUGGACGACUCCUUCCAACCCACCAUCGACAUGCUCCUCAACGUCUCCAUUUUCAUCUGGUUCGGCGCCGUUUGUCCCUGGUCUUCCUUCCUCAACUCCCACGUCAUGCCCCUCUACCGCCUCGUUCCACUCGGCAUACUGGUCAUCUUGCUCCGUCGCCCCCCCAUCAUCUGGGCCAUGCACAAGAAAAUCCACCAGAUUGAAGAGAUGCGGCAGGCGCUGUAUGUUGGAUUCUUUGGGCCCAUCGGCGUCUCGGCCAUUUUCUAUCUGUACGUGGCAGAGGAGUUCCUUGACGGGAUCAAGGUGGAUGGAGAGGUGAGGGCAGAUGCCGAGUAUCUGAAAGAAGUCCUGCAUGUGGUCAUCUGGUUCCUGGUCAUCUGCAGCAUCGUCAUCCACGGUCUCAGCAUCCCGCUAGCGAAAUUGGGCUUCUAUCUCCCGAGGACGAUUUCCGAGGCCAUAUCCAGAGAUAGAGACGAUGAGCCCGAUGUGCCGUUCCAUAUCAGGGAGCAUGACGGGUGGGCGGGACAGGGGCUGAGGAAUCGAUUUGGAGGCGCGAGUGGCGGAACCAGUACGCCGGCUUCGCGACGGGUGAGGCAGAUUGGGAGGUCUAUUAUUCGGGGCAAUGAGUCUACGCAGUCGAGUACGAGGAGAGAGGCUUUUGCGAUGGAGGAGAAUGUGACGAGCGGCAGAGACAGUGGGGGCAAGGAGAAUGGCAAGGCGAAGGAAGAGUUGGUGUCACCAGCCGUCCUUGAAUCGAAUGAUGGGCUGGUCGAUGGUGGCUCUGCAAAGGAGCCACAGUCCGCACAGCGGACGAUCCGUUUCCCGGAUGAGUCGCAUGAGAGCCUCGCUGCGGAGAGCAAGAGCGGCGGAAAGGGCGAGUCCGGCUAA